CCAUUUAAUUGCCGGCAAUAAACUUUCGGCACCAAUUUAAUCCAAACCAAUCCUGUGUACGUUUCUCCCCACCACCCCAUUCAAUGCCUCCAAUAAUGAAACCCUUCUUUUCACUACGCAAUUAGGUGAUCUCACUGCUAUUAGAAACCUGCACAUUAAACUCGAAGCCGGUGUUAAAAACUUGGAUCUCGAUCAUGCUAUGGCGAUCACUGGUCAGGCCCCAACGCUAUGUGACGGCAUUUAAUGGAGCUCAAACUGCAAAAGGAGGCCAGCUGAAGAAAGCAUGCAUCUGCUGCUCGAGGAAGGUGGCAGCUGGUGAGAAGCAAGAACGCUGCCUGUCCUAUUAAAUGUCCCUCUGCAAAUCCACCUCCUUGCUAUAAAUUUUCCACUCCUAUGGUACCCCUCUCUCGUCCUAUCUUUAUCUCUCUGUUUUUUUUUUAAUCUUCUCCCCUGCUUUUUCCUUCUCUGGUUUGAUCGGUGAGAAAUGGAUGUGGCGACGGUGGCGUUGGUGAUCGCCUGCGUGGGGGCGUACGUGGCCUGGUUCUCGCGGCUAGCAUCGAGGCUCCGGGGGCCACGGGUGUGGCCGGUGGUGGGCAGCCUGCCGGGACUCAUCCAGCACUCGGAGCGCAUGCACGAGUGGAUCGCCGACAACCUCCGUGGCACCGGCGGGACGUACCAGACCUGCAUUUGCGCCGUGCCGGGACUGGCGCGGCGGCAGGGGCUGGUGACGGUGACCUGCGACCCGCGAAACCUGGAGCACGUACUCAAGACUCGGUUUGACAACUACCCCAAGGGUCCGACGUGGCACGCCGUCUUCGUCGACCUCCUCGGCGACGGCAUUUUUAACUCUGACGGCGACACAUGGUUGUUGCAGCGGAAGACGGCGGCGCUCGAGUUCACCACGCGGACGCUCCGCGUCGCCAUGUCGCGGUGGGUCGGCCGCUCCAUCCACCUCCGCCUGCUCCCCAUUUUGGAAGAGGCCGCCGCCGCCGGGCACGCGGGUGCCGUCGACCUCCAGGACCUGCUGCUACGGCUCACCUUUGACAACAUCUGCGGGCUGGCCUUCGGCAGGGACCCCGAGACGCUCAUGCCGGGCCUCCCGGAGAACGCCUUCGCCACGGCCUUCGAUCGAGCAACCGAGGCCACCCUGCACCGGUUCAUCUUCCCCGAGCUGGUGUGGCGGUUCAAGAAAUGGCUGCAGGUGGGGAUGGAGGCGACGCUGACCAGCAGCGUGGCGCACGUCGACCGCUACCUGUCCGCCAUCAUCAAGUCGAGGAAACUGGAGCUGAGCGACGGCCGACGAGACUACGACGACCUCCUCUCGCGGUUCAUGAAGAAGGGAGCGUAUACCGACGCGUUCCUCCAGCACGUGGUGCUAAACUUCAUCCUCGCCGGCCGCGACACCUCUUCCGUCGCCCUCAGCUGGUUCUUCUGGCUCGUCUCCAUCCACCCGGCCGUGGAGCGCCGAAUCCUGCAUGAGCUGGCCGCCGUCCUGGCGGACUCCCGUGGUCACGACACCGCCACGUGGCUCGCGACGCCGCUAGCAUUCGAGGAGGUCGACCGGCUCGUCUACCUCAAGGCGGCGCUCUCCGAGACGCUCCGGUUGUACCCCUCGGUGCCGGAGGACUCCAAGUACGUGAUGGCCGACGACGUACUCCCGGACGGGACGUUCGUGCCGGCGGGCUCCUCCGUCACCUAUUCCAUCUACUCAGCUGGGCGGAUGAAGUCGGUGUGGGGGAGCGACUGCCUCGAGUUCCGUCCAGAGAGGUGGCUCUCACCGGACGGCAAGCGGUUCGAGCCGCACGACUCCUUCAAGUUCGUAGCCUUCAACGCCGGGCCGCGCGUCUGCCUCGGGAAGGACCUAGCCUACCUGCAGAUGAAGUCCAUUGCGGCCGCGGUGCUGCUGAAGCACCGCCUCACCGUCGCCCCUGGCCACCGCAUCGAGCAGAAGAUGUCGCUGACGCUGUUCAUGAAAGAUGGGCUGAGGAUGAACGUGCACGACCGUGACCUCAGAUCCAUUGCCGCAGAGCUCAGCCCGUCUCAGCCGGACGUGGUGGCGCAGUCGCACAUGACCGAGGCGGUGGUUGCAACUGGCUGAGCUACUUCCAUGAAAAGCAUUUGUGGCGAGGCCAAAUGUACAGAUAGACAGGCAAGUCAACAGACAGGUUGGGCGUCAGUUUGAGUAAGAGGUCAAAGAUUAUUGGCUUAUAAUGAAUUUCGUGUUACUGAUUAAGUUAUGGUGCCAAAUAAAAGAUGAAGGUGAUUUUUACCAAGGAUCAUAAAUAAAUAAGAGAUCUUGCAUAUGCUGCAGAUCAUAUACACAUGAAUAGAUAAUAAAUGACUGUGAUUUCAUAUGUUCAAGAGUCAAAUGAUGAAUCAGAACAAUAACUCUUUACAUCCAAUGAACCCGUCAUGAUUUGUAUUUGUUGAAAUAUUUGUUAGACGAACAGUUGGUGGCUGAAAAUAUCAGUAUGGUAUAACAAGGAUGUACGAUGAAAUUGUUCAAAGAUAUGUAAUGGUUUUUGAUGUGACACUGCUUUGAGA